UCUCUAUGGUCGGAAGCCGGGCGGCGCUCUAGGCCGCCUCUCGAUGGUGCGGGCGGUUGCUAGGCGGUGCGGGGCCUAGGCCGCGGCGGGUCGGCGCCGCCAUGGCCGCCUCGGCCUCCGGCGCGGCGGGGCCGGCGGACGGGGCCUGCGUGCUGUGCUGCGGGGAGCUGGAGGUGGUGGCGCUGGGGCGCUGCGACCACCCCAUCUGCUACCGCUGCUCCGUGCGGAUGCGGGCGCUGUGCGGGGUGCGGUACUGCGCGGUCUGCCGGGAGGAGCUGGGCCAGGUUGUUUUUGGGAGGAAACUGACGUCCUUCUCAGCAGUAGCACUGCACCAGCUGCAGCAUGAGAAGAAAUACGACAUCUAUUUUACGGAUGGAGAAGUUUACGCCCUGUACAGGAAGCUGCUGCAGCACGAGUGCCCCUUGUGUCCGGAUGCGAAGCCCUUCAACACCUUUGCAGACCUGGAGCAGCACAUGAGGAAGCAGCACGAGCUCUUCUGUUGCAAACUCUGUGUCAAACACUUGAAGAUCUUCACCUACGAGCGGAAGUGGUAUUCCCGCAAGGACCUGGCCCGUCACCGCAUCCACGGGGACCCAGAUGACACCUCCCACCGUGGCCACCCCCUCUGCAAGUUCUGUGACGAGCGUUACCUGGACAACGAUGAGUUACUGAAACAUCUGCGACGGGAUCAUUAUUUCUGUCACUUCUGUGACUCUGAUGGUGCUCAGGAAUACUACAGCGACUACGAGUACCUGCGGGAGCACUUCCGGGAGCAGCACUUCCUGUGCGAGGAGGGCCGGUGCAGCACGGAGCAGUUCACCCACGCCUUCCGCACCGAGAUCGACUACAAGGCGCACCGCAGCGCCUGCCACAGCCGCAGCCGCGCCGAGGCCCGCCAGAACCGCCACAUCGACCUGCAGUUCAGCUACACCCCCCGGCACCCCCGCCGCGAGGGUGUCAUAGGUGGAGAGGACUAUGAAGAAGUUGACCGGUACAACAGGCAGGGGAGGUCAGGCAGACUGGGCGGCCGAGGAGGUCAGCAAAACAGAAGAGGCAGCUGGAGAUACAAGAGGGAGGAAGAAGACCGAGACGUGGCAGCAGCCGUCAGGGCGUCGGUGGCAGCCAAACGGCAGGAGGAGAGAAAACGGGUGGAAGACAAAGAGGACAGCAGCAGCAGAGGGAGGAAGGAGGACCUGAGGGAUUCUGAGGUGCUCAGCUCCAAACGUGUGCCAAAACCUUCCAGUGAGGUGACAGAAGCAGCUGCUAAUGGAGUUUUAAGCCAAGAUGAUUUCCCAGCCAUUGGUUCAGCAGCAGGACCUCUACAAGGCUCUGCCCAGCUAGCAGCAGUUAAGCUGAAGGAAGAAGAUUUCCCAAGUUUGUCCUCCUCUGCAGCACCCACUAUCUCUUCUGGGAUGGCUUUGACAUACACGGUGACUGCAAAGAAAACAGCUUUCCAGGAGGAGGAUUUUCCAGCUCUGGUGUCCAAGAUGAGGCCAAACAAUAAAACAGUGACUAACAUCACAUCUGCGUGGAACAAUGGUUCCAGUAAAAAUGUGGUCAAAGCCAUUAGCAGUCCCUGUGUCCACCAGAUGGCCAAAAAAUCAUCCUUGAACAGCUCCAAGGGGAGUAAGAAGAGCAAUAAACUCUCUCAUUCAGAUGAUGAAGACGGUAGUGGCUUGACAACCCAGGAGAUCAGAAGCACACCAACCAUGUUCGAUGUGUCGUCCUUGCUGGCAGCUUCUACCUCACAAACUUUUACAAAAGUGGGCAAGAAAAAGAAGAUGGGGGUUGAGAAGCAGAGACCAUCCUCCCCACACCUGCCCCAGGAGACACUGUUACCCAGGUCAUCGACGGACAAGCUGCCAGAAGCAGAGCAGACACCAAACGUGUCCUCUUCUCUUCAUGCCCCUGACAGAGCCACAGCUGUCACCAAUGGCCACUCAGAAAAGCCCUCAGCCAUCUGCAGCACACCCAAAGAGCCCCCUGGCCUUAAAAAGCCCACAGUGACUAACAAAUGCCCUUUACCUCAGGAAGACUUCCCAGCCCUUGGGAGCUCAGGAUCGGCUCGGAUGCCCCCGCCACCAGGCUUUAACACUGUGGUGCUAUUAAAGAGUCCUCCUCCGCCUCCGGGACUGUCGGUGCCUGUUAGUAAACCCCCUCCAGGUUUUGCUGUUAUUCCAUCCACCAAUCUCUCUGAACCUGUCACUACAUCUUUGAAAGAGCCAAAACCCUGUCACGGAUCCUACUUGAUACCUGAAAACUUCCAGCAGAGGAACAUCCAGCUGAUCCAAUCCAUUAAAGAAUUCCUCCAAAGUGAUGAGUCCAAGUUCAACAAAUUUAAGACUCAUUCUGGGCAAUUUAGGCAGGGGCUGAUUUCUGCAGCACAGUACUACAAGAGCUGCCGAGAGCUGCUGGGAGAGAACUUCAAGAAGAUCUUUAACGAGUUGUUGGUGUUGCUGCCAGACACAGUCAAGCAACAGGAACUGCUUUCUGCUCACAACGAUUUCAGAAUCAAAGAGAAACAAAGCUCAAACAAACCCAAAAAGAACAAAAAGAAUGUUUGGCAGAUGGACUCCAGCUCUGAUCUCGACUGCUGCAUCUGUCCCACGUGUAAGCAAGUGCUAACCCAGCAGGACAUUGUCACCCAUAAAGCUUUGCAUAUCGAGGACGAGGAGUUCCCUUCCCUCCAAGCAAUCAGCAGAAUCAUCAGUUAGCUUUUCUGAAGACCAAUAAAAGUCUCUCUCUAUGAA